AUAACACCAACCUACGCGUCGUUCCCAUCCUAUCCUAUCGCCAUACACGAUGUGGCUCAGCGACAGGCAAAAGAUCGGCGUCGGCCUCGUGGCUGCCGGCGUGUUCCUCCAGUUCCUCGCCAUCCUCCUCUUCUUCGACCGCCCCCUCCUGGCACUGGGUAACGUGAGUAGCUGUGCCCCUGCCCGCCCGCUCACCCCCCAGAUCCUCUUCCUCACCGGCCUGCCGCUCAUCAUCGGCCCCACGCGGACGUUCUACUUCUUCUCACGGCGCGAGAAGUGGCGCGGCACCGUGUGCUUCUUCGGCGGCAUCAUUUUGGUGUUUGCAAAGUGGCCCAAGAUUGGGAUUCUCGUCGAGUUUGUGGGCUUUAUCGGGCUAUUCGGCUCCUUCUUCCCCGUCGUCCUGCAGGCGCUCAGGCAAAUACCCGUCAUUGGAUCCUUCCUCUCGCUGCCCUACAUCAGACAGGCUGCCGACCGGCUCGCGGGCGUCAGACAGAGCGCAGUUUAGACUUGUUGCACGGCAGCAAACUUGGUGCAGCACAUCUUGUGAGCUGAGCGAGGAAGCGAGGAGGCGAGGCGGCGAGAGCUCCGCGCGGCCUGCUUGCUACAUUAUAGGGCGCGGCGGUAAUCCCGCGCGCCACACCACCACUCCCAGUAAUGGGUACAUGCAUCGAAUGAUCACAUACGGGACGUCUAUGAUGAUAUGUGUGGACAUGCACGGCGACACGGAGCCGUACGGUGGUCGUGAACAUUGCGAGCCGCGACGGCGUGAAUAAGUGACGCGGCGGAGGGGGAAAGUUCGGAACGGCGGUCCGGCACCGCGGGGUCGACCUCGGGGGACAGCCGAUGGUCGCCAGGGCUCGGGCUCGGAGCGCAUGUUUUGUGCGGGUGGUGGUCAAAAGUUGUACAAUAGUGUACAUGUAAGGCUGUGAGAAGGUGGUGGUGGUGCGAGUGGUGGGUGCGGAGUUGCCGCCGCUUCGAACGUGGGUUGGGUUGGGGGUGGUUGGCGUGACUGGUGGCGGGCGGCGAGCUCGGCGUGGUCGGCAAGUGGGCUAGUCGAACGGGCGCGCCGGCUUUUGAUUAUGCGAAACAAACUGCUUCUGAACACUGGUCUUCGUCGUCGUCGUCGGGUCACCAUCGUCACUGCUAUCGGCUGUUUGUAAAGCCCUGCCAGUGCGACUUUGGCUCGUUCGACUCCCACAGUGGGCGGAAGGCGUCGUGCGAGAAGCCGCCCGUGUCGACCGGGGACGCAUUUGACGGGAGUACCGUGUUGUGGUGGGGGCGGUGGAUCGAGCUAGGCGCCUUGGGCUGCUCGUUCUUGACCGGCGCACUGAAGCCCGUCUCGCGGCGGCCGACAAAGGCGACCGACGAGCCAUUGGCCGGCGAGACGAGGGGUCCGCCACCGAGUGUCUGUCGUGGCGAGUUUCCAAGCCCCGUCGACCACGCCGAGCCCGCCGAGCUGAGCAGGUGCGCGGCCGGCUGCGCGGGCUCGUUCCACGAGCUCACUGGCGCCGGCGGGGGGACGGGCUCCGAGUCGUGGGGGCCCUGGGACGUGGCGGGCGGGAUCGGCCGAUAGUGGUUGAGCGAGGGCUGGUGCAGCGUCUGGGUGAGCUUUGCGUGCAGCUCCUUGAGAUCGCCCGACUGCUGGCCGACGUGCAUGCCGCCGUUGAUGGUAGCGAUGAGAUCGUCCAUCGACGCCAUGAUGGGCAAAUGUUGAUGUGGUUUGUGGGUGUGGUUGUGGGGGUCAAAGGUGAUUGUGCCAAUGGGUGGCGACGAUGCGGUGGGAAUGGGGAUUGAUGAAUCACGCAGAGCCUGCAGGGUACAAUAAAAGUUGCCGCGUGUCGAGCAAUGUCAGAGGGGGGGGGGUUGGGGCUCGGGCGUUCGGUUGCUGUUGUUGUAGCUGUAGCAAGUUGUCAAGACGCAAGGUGAUGGUGUGUGUGAUGACAAGUUUGUCGACAACAACUUGUCCCAGGUGGAUAUAGAGAGGGCGAGAGUAGAAGGGAGGGGGUGCAAACAAAUGUCCUCACCCUGGGUGCUGUUC